AGGGAUUUCGGUGUCUGACUUGGACCUGGCAACGUCCCCGGCGGAACAAUCUUACUCCAUAGCCCUGCAGAGAUGUCCUUUUUUGGAUGGUGUUUGGGCGUGUAAAAAUUUAACUAGAAAGUGGAAAACAGUGACGAAAGAUACACAUAUUCAAAAAGUUUAUAUCAAACGUGUUAGUUUCUUAUCAAUUACAUUGGUCCAUACUGGGAACUCUUCGAAAUGUCUAAAGUGAGAAAAAUCAUAGAUGAAGCCAAAGAAUCAAAAAAUCCUGAGCUAGAUUUAGUGGACAAGGGUAUUUCUUCCUUCGACGAAAUACCUAGUAUCCUUACCAUGUUCAACUUGACUCGAAUUACACUGACACACAACCGUAUCUCAGUGGUCACCCCAGCAUUAGCAAAUCUGACAAAUCUUGAAAUUCUGAACUUGUUUAAUAAUCAAGUUGAAGAACUCCCAACAUCCUUAUCCUCUAUGCCUAAACUUAGGAUUUUAAAUCUAGGUAUGAACAAGCUGAGUGCUCUUCCUCGAGGGUUUGGAGCGUUUCCUGUAUUAGAGGUUUUGGAUUUGACCUAUAACAACUUGAAUGAGAAUAGUUUACCUGGCAAUUUUUUUAUGAUUGAAACAUUAAGAGCUCUAUACUUGGGUGAUAAUGAUUUUGAAAGCAUCCCAUCAGAAAUUGGCCACCUAAAAAACUUGCAAAUUCUUGUGCUACGAGAUAAUGAUAUAGUUGAGCUCCCUAAAGAAAUUGGUGAACUAGCCAGGCUGAGAGAACUGCAUAUUCAAGGAAAUCGCUUGUCUGUUUUACCACCAGAACUAGGUAACUUGGACCUCACCAGUAACAAAUCAGUUAUUAGAAUGGAAAACAAUCCAUGGGUUGCACCAAUUGCAGAUCAAUUGCAAGUCGGCAUCUCCCAUGUCGUUGAUUAUCUUCGGUCAGAAACGUACAAAUUUGUCUAUGGACGUCAUGUUUCGGCCAACGCUCCUGCCCCACCACGACUCAGCGAAAGAACAAAGAAGAGCUCGAAACCCAAACCCUAACCCUAGCUUUUAGCUUUAAGCAUUAUCGCUUCAAGGACGUGUUUCAUCAGUCGCCAAUUCUCUUUUUGCAAACUGAAUUUCUAUUUUCCGACGGCAUAAUCAAACAACUAAUUCUUUAUUUCUUCACCUUGUUAUUUGUAACGUGCCAAUCGCCUUCCAUUCUUUGAAUGGUAUCCGUCUAAUCAUGUCAUUUGUUUUUUACAAGUUUGCUAACGUUGUCUUCCACUUUUGCGCAUUUCCCAUCUGUCUCCUUCAUAAGCUCGCGAAUUUAUUGAAUAAUCUUGUGUUAGAUGAACAUUGUUCCCUAAUAAAUAGUCUAUCAAAGUAAA